AUGCUUGCCCCCUGGCGCGAAUUUGCAGGAAGAGCCCAGCUGCCGUGUUUGCUUCUGUUCCUGGUGGCAUGGGCAUGCCGAGGGGCGAAGUUCGAGGAUGAGGAGAAAGUCCGUGAGGCCCUUGCGGCACUCGAGGCCGAGGAUUCGGCGCCAGGGCAUACCAGGAGACACUUCCAGCACCUUCGCCAGCUGCAGAAAGAGCUUGAAAAACUGGAGGAAGACCAGUCCGACAACGACUCCAGUCUGCCGGAGGCCACGGAGGCCCCGGCCGGCAGCACGGAUGCGCGGCGGCACUGGCUCUUUGGACCACAAGAUGACGACAACGCCUCCUGUGCUGAGGAGAACACGUCGAGCUUGCUGAGCAAUCUGAGCAACAUGACCCUGAUGCGGUCGCUUGUUCGACGCUUCUUCGUCACGGAGGACACUCCAAGCCGCGAGGCAGCCGCCUUGGAGAAGCUCCUCAAAAAGCGGCACCGGUACAUCAGCGAGAAAAUGGAGACGGAUCUGUCCGUGGUACAGCACUUCUCGGUUCCCUCCGUGCUUCCUGCUUGGCCCAGCUCGGAGAAGCAGGUCGCCUUCCUGUUCUUAACCGUGGAUGGCUUGGACUUCGAGGAUGUUUGGGACAGAUUCUUUGCGGACGUGGGGGCGUAUGGUGCUUAUUCCAUCUAUGUCCACCGUGCGAGCAGCAAAGAAGCCGGGGGCCGCCGUUUCGCAGAGGGCUUUGGUGGUUGGUCUCGAUCGUGGAGCAAAGCAACGACGCCGCUGAGCCGUUGGGGAGCUGUGGAAAUACCGCAGGUGGAGAAUCGCUGGUGCGCGCUCUUUGGCGUCGAAGUGGCAUUGCUGCACGCCGCUCUACAGGAUGCCAGGAACCAGCAGUUCGUCUUCUUAUCCCACAACACGAUCCCCCUCAAGAGCUUCGAUUACGUCUACAAGCAACUGGUCGUGAAUUCACCUAGCACCAGCAAGUUCUGCUUUGCGGAGCCCGCUUUCCAUAAGAUGGCGACCUCCGAGACCAUCAGGAACGAGCUGCGUCGGCAGUGUGUCUUCCGGGACUUCUAUCGAAGCCUCUCUCCGCGCAUUCUGAAACACCAUCAAUGGGUGGUCCUAAAGCGCGAACACGCCGAGAUCGUCAUACAGCGGGCAACGGAGGCGUUGGUUUUGUGGAAGGAGACCUGGCAGUACGCGGCCCCAGACCUUCUCAACAUGGGCGAAGGCUGUAGCGACGAAUCAGUGCCGGGAACUGCACUUCUCCUGGACCUGGAGAAGACCGAGCGCAGUACAGGGAACACGUGGGUUGACUUAUCCCGUUUAGGGGUGGAGCAGCAGUGCUUAACAUAUGUGCUUUGGAGACAUUGUUUCACGGAUUCGCGCCUGGACCACUCGGAAAACAUUGCGAAAGAUCUAGACAUUGUGAUGAAGCAUGGGAAGUUCCGCAUGCUCACAGACCGUGAGUUCAACUUCUUCAAAUCAGCCUUGAAGCGUGAGCUCAAUGGAUACCCUGCCGUGUUUGACACUCUGUCCAUCGAGUAUCUCUGGAAGCUCGUGCAGGAAGGCUUCAUGUUCGCUCGCAAAUUCGUGAAAGAGCUGCGCGUCACGGUGGGGAAUGGCAACUUUCCACUUGCUGAAGUGCUCCCUGCCUUGUGGGAUCUUAUUGAUGACUUCAAUGCCUCUCAAAGGAUUUGGACACGGCUUUCGACGGAAGGUAAGCCAAGGCGUGUAUAG